UUAAUUCAAAUGUCAACUAAUACAACAUCCACAACUUCAACAGAUCAACAAAAAUAUUUGUCAGUACUCAAUGAACUAAAUUCUUUUCCCUGUUCACAGUCUUAUUGGGCAAGAAAAUCGAGAAUGUUAACUUUAGAAAGUGAAUUUGGACCUUUAGAAUUUAAUUUAUUGGAAUUUGAUAUUGCCCUGAAAUUUAGAAAUGCGAAAGAUUUGAGCUUUAAUGCACAGAAAAUUUAUCAAUUAGACAAAUCAGAAAAGGUUCGUCAAAGAAUAGGUCAACUAUUUUCUGUUUUGCUGGAUGGAAAUUCUGAUAAACUUUUUUCUUCUGAACUAGUAGGCGAAUUAAACAUGGAUAUUUUACAAGAAAUGUUUUUCUUUGCCUUUCCGGAACAACGAAAUUCAACAAAAGGAAGUUUACAAGUUUAUUUAACCUUUGCCUGUAACCAACCAAACAGUUUAUAUAAUGUUGCGACAAAACUUUUUGCUUAUUAUUUGGGUGCUAGCGGGGAAUUCCAAUUAGAUAAAAUUACAAAAGAAGGAAGAGAAGAGGGAAUAACUGCUAUGGAUGCUGUUUUAUGUAAUUUUUUAAUUUUAAAAAUUUCCGGAUUUUUUUUAUAA